UUUAUAAAAACACAAACAUCAUAAAUAAGCUUAUUGCUUAAGCAUUCUCUGUUAAUUUAUUAUAAAGUAGGUGUUACACCUCUUCUUAUAUCACAUAUAUUAUUUUUUAUAUAUAUCUCGUACAUUAGAUCAUAUUAGUAUAUUACCCAUUUAUAUUUCUGCUGUCUCCGACAUACUAUAAUUCUUUAUAGACAAAAUGUAUAAGAUAUCCUCCAUUUUUGCUACUCAUUUCGUACACACAAUCUUAAUCCUUUUAUUAUUAUGUUCCAUUUACCAAGUUGUUGUCGUAGUAGCCACCCCAUCACCACCUCCAUCAUCACCUCAACCACCGUCGGCAUCAUCAUCAUCCCUCAACGGAUCAAAAGUCCAAGAAGCCAAAAAAGUGAUACAACAAUUUUUCAAAGGGAUUACUAGUGACAAUUGUGGGUUUUCACAUCUUACAAUUACCGAUACUACUGACUUGUGUAAAAAUCCAAAGUUUGGGUGUUCACUUUCUAAAGAUUCCUUAAAUAAGACAGAAUGUCUGUACGCCAUUCAAUUCAAUGAAUGUGGUAUUAUAGGGAAGAACAUUACUAUUGAUGGCUUCAUCGACAAGCUUCCUGACGUGUCGAUUUUCCAUGCAAAUUCCAACGGGUUUGAGGGAAACAUACCAGUGUUAAGCCAUCUUCCAUACCUCUCUGAGUUGGAUCUUAGUAACAACAAUUAUAGUGGGAACUUCCCUAUGAAUGUCCUUGGUGCUACCAACUUAACCUUCUUGGAUCUCCGAUUUAACUCCUUCACGGGCCCAGUUCCUCCUGGGCUUUUUAAUUUGGAAUUGUUGGCCCUUUUUAUUAACAAUAAUAAUUUUGAUCAGGACCUUCCAUCUAACAUGGGUUCCACACUAGCGUCUUUCAUCAACUUAGCUAACAACAAGUUAACAGGCCCAAUUCCGAAGUCCAUUGGGCUAGCCUCGAAUACUCUCCUCGAGAUCCUCUUCUUGAACAACACUUUCUCGGGUUGCCUUCCUUCCGAGAUUGGGCUUCUUAACAAGGCCCGUGUUUUCGACGUUUCGGUGAACUCCUUAACGGGACCCAUACCCGAGUCCUUCAGCUGUUUAGAGAGUAUAGAGUACUUAGUCCUGGAAAAGAAUGAAUUUUAUGGUUCUGUACCCGAGGAGGUGUGUAAGUUGCGUAAUUUGACGAAGUUGACUUUGUCUGAUAACUAUUUCACCCAAGUUGGGCCGGAAUGCAGGAAGCUAAUCCAAAAAGGAGUGUUGGAUAUGAAACACAAUUGUGUAAUGGGCCUUCCGGAUCAGAGAGACCCAAAAAUAUGUGCCGGGUUUCUUAAUAAGCCCAAACCUGCCCAGGGUUGCGGUGAAAUAAACCACUCUGUGACUUGCAAGAAAGCAGCAACAAGUGUAUAUCUGAAUUCUGAAACAGAGGGGGGACCACAACCUCAUCCAACACUUACUUAUAAAGCUCUAAGUCUUUGAUUAAUUAAUGAGUUUGCUAUUGUUGUAGAUUUUGAGUUCGAUAUGUUGUGUAAUGAUUUUUGUUAAAUAUAAUGUUCGGCUUACCCUAAUACGAGUGCAUGUGACUAUUAUAUUAAUAGUUAAUGUUCCGGUGUUGUAAAGAUGGAAACAAUGGGCUUCUAAUGAAGGCCCUUUCGUGUG